GAUUCUGUCAUCUCACCCAGCACAACUCCUCUCUCUGAUCCAGAGUCCAGCAGCUCCUCUCUCUCUGCUUGCAGUCUCCAGUCAAAAUGAACACAGCGAUGAAACUGAGCACUCUGCUGAUCCUCGUGCUGCUCGGCUCUCUGGAGCUUGUCUCUUCUGGCCCUCUAGGAAUAAACACAGGCAGCAACUGCUGCCCGGAUAUAAAAAAGGGACCAAAGAUCCCGCUGGCGAUGGUGGUCUCCUAUCAUAAAACCAGCAGCAGCUGUGCCAAAGCAGCAGUAGUAUUUGUAACCAAGCGCAAAAGGCGCAUAUGUGUGAAUCCCUCCGAGGAAUGGGUGCGCAGUCACAUGACUCAUGUGGACAGCAGGUCAAGGAAAGCCACAACCGUGUCACUCAAAACCACAUCCUGAGGCCCUCCCAACUGAACUCACAGGCUGACACUCAACACACUGACUUCCUGUUGGACUCUGAAUUUGAACUGAAAAACAGAAGAGGAGUGUCAAUAAAUUAUCUGUUCUUUCCCUAUUUGUUAUUUAUUGAUUACACUGUAAAUUAAAUAUUCUGUUAAAUAAAGCCUUUUUGUCACA